AUGGCGCCCAAGCUAGCCAGAAGCAGGCGAUUUCUCUCAGCGGGAUCGACCACAUCCGUCUGUUGUGAUCGGUUGGAAGAGUUUGCUAUGGAGUUAGAUUCGACUUUCGAAGUGGCAGAGGUUGUCACCGAAGGACCAGUGAGUUCGGAUUUGACGGUUACGGACGAAGAUGGAGCUGGGGCGGCCGCAUUUCCAAAUGGUUCUCGGUUCGUUCUGUCCCGUGUUUUAGAGCGCGAUGUCAUUUCCAUUGUACCAGAGAGUUCAGAAUCACUGACGUUUGUACUGGAAUCCUACAAGGUUAAAAACCGGAAAGCCGAGAAUGCUAAUUGA